UGGCGCUAGGUACCCGGAAGUUCAAGUGACUAUUUCCGGUCAGGCAAAUUUGAAACCGUUCCAUCGUCUAGAGAAGAUUUUGUGUGAAAUAAAACUCGUUGAGCGAAAAGGAAAUUCAUUUCGUACUAUUGAGUUUUGUUGUGCAGAUGAGAAUGGAGCCCGGCACUCAGCGGCUGUUUGAAAGAGUUGCACAGAAACUUAGCAGGGACAAACCUGGUGCUCUGGAGAAAACUGCAGAUGAGCUAAGGAAGAGUUUGAAAAGUAGACACGAUGCUGUGGUCAGUUGUGAUGGUGAGCCUACUGAGAGGAAGGAGUCUUUGUUUCUGUCGGACAGUGACGGCUCUGAAAAGGAGAAUCGGCUUGGAAAGAAAAAUGCAGCAAUACUGGACUCAAGUGAUGAGGCUUUUGAUCAGAUUCUUUCAACAAAGGCUACCCCCAAACCCACUGCCAGAAUAAUUUCAUCUGCCAAGAAAGCAAGAGAACCAGUUCAGAUUUUGUCCUCUGAUAGUGAUGAAGGCUUUGAAAACUUUCUGAAGCGUGUGAAAACCCCAAAGGCUCAAACGAGGCCUCUAUCUCUGAAUGGUAGUGAUGACAGCCUUAAACAUUUCAUAGUAGACAACUUGUCUUCGGAUGAUGAUUUCGUUGUGGAGAAGAAGCCGUCUAUUUCUAAAACCAAACUGAAGACUCCUAAGUCCAGCCUGAAGUCAGAGAAGCAGCGAUUUCCUCAGUUCGAUUCCCCAGUGUUCUUUAGUGACUCGGAUGAUGACAGUGACAUUGUGAUCAAGAGCACGUGGAGGACUCGGCACAGUCGACCUUCCUCGCAGGAAAAGGAUGCUCCGGCUAAAGAAACUAAACCCACAAAUGCCCCAUACGUUCCCUCUCCUCUUGUUUCUGUCCACACACCCAAGCCCUCUUCAGCUCCACCCACACAAGGUGGAUGGCGUGAGGACACGGGCAGCUCCGAAGAUGAGUUCCAGUCCUUACUGGACCGCAUCAGGAAAAACCAAAAGCUGGGAAGCAGUAGCACAAACACCACUCCUAAACCUCUAGAGACGAAAGCCGCACCAGCCUGUGUGACUCCAUCUGUGAAAGCACAAAAGGACAUCGAACGAGCACCAGGAAAAGGAUCUCGGGUGAUGAGAACUCCUGCGCAGCUCCCUAUCAACAGACCAGUGAGCCAGACGGAGCCCCGAGCAGGUCACAGCAGCAGAGUGGCUGUGUGUAAAACACCAGGCUGUUUCCUGCAGUCUCUGUCUUUUCCUGACUCUGUAUACUACCGCAACUUCAAGCAGACAAAAGAGGAGCUCACCAGCAAACUCUAUCGGCUCUACAACACUACUGUUUUUGAGAGCAAGCUGCCAUCUGACAUGUCGAUCAAAUGGAAUACAAAGAUGAGGAAGACAGCAGGUUAUUGUAUCACAGGGCGGGAAAAGGUCACUUGCACACGAUACGCCCGUAUUGAAUUGUCAGUUAAAGUGUGUGACUCUGCAGAUCGGUUAAGGGACACACUUGUACAUGAAAUGUGCCACGCAGCCACAUGGCUGAUCAACGAUGUGCGUGACGGACACGGACCUUUCUGGAAGAUCUACGCACGAAAAGCCACACUGGCUCACCCUGAGCUGCCCAUGGUGACCCGCUGCCACAGCUACGACAUCAAUUAUAAAUACCAGUACCAGUGCAGCCGCUGCAAAAACACGAUUGGCCGUCACUCUAAGUCUCUGGACACGCAGAGGUUUGUGUGCGCGCUGUGUACAGGGCAGCUCGUCCUGCUCACUCCUUCGAAUUCACGAGGCCCCACGCCUUUCUCCACAUUUGUGAAAGAGAACUACGGUACGGUGCGGCAGGAGCUGACAGGCCAGAGUCACGCAGAGGUGAUGAGAAAGCUCAGUGCCGACUUCGCUAGUAAGACCCGCCUCAGCCAGAGCUGAUCCUUGUGUGCUGUUGAUUAAACUUUACAACAACAGGCUCUGGAUUUACCUCCAAUAUUCUGGAAACAGGUUUACGGGUGAGAGAAAUGAUUCGAAAUCAUCUUUUGUUUACAACACCUCAAAUUGUUUGGGCAUUAUGUUAUUAAUUCUUCAGCUUUCAAAGACAAUGUGAAUUGACAUGGGGUAUAAACUAUACACGAUCCCCUGAAAUGCCUUUGGAAGAUGUGAAAGAGUACACAUUUUAAGGUAUUUUAUUCCUCUCAUGUGGCUGAUUUCUUUCUGUUUUUUUGUUUUUGUUUUUUCUUCCUGUCCUUAAAUCUUUAACUGUUUUAUGUUUAAAUGUUUAAAUAAAUGUAUUUU